AGCUUUGUUGAAUAUUAUAAAAAUGAAAUCAAAUAAUAUGAAUGGAUUAAAUAAUAUGAGUGGUGUAAAUAAUAUGAAUGGGUUAAAUAAUAUGAAUGGGUUAAAUAAUAUGAAUGGAUUAAAUAAUAUGAAUGGAUUAAAUAAUAUAAAUGGAUUAAAUAAUAUGAAUGGAUUAAAUAAUAUAAAUGGAUUAAAUAAUAUAAAUGGAUUAAAUAACAUAAAUAGAAAUAGCAAUAAUAAUAUAGAAACUAAUAUGUUCAAUUCUUAUAAUACGAAUUCAUAUAACGUUCUAUUAAAAAUGAAGAGUGAAAUAGAAAAGGAUGAAAAAAAAAUUAUUAAUAUGAUAGACAAUAAUAAUAGUAAUAACAAUAACAACAGCUACAAUGGUAAUAAUAAGUCAAGUUUUUAUAAUAAUAAUAUAUAUAGUUCUUACAAUAAUGGAUCUGUUUUAGAAGAUACAAAUCAUAUCAUCAAGUAUGAAAAAAAUAAUAAUAUAAAUACAAACUGUAGCAAUUCUAAAAAUAAAAGUAUAACUAUAAAUAAAAAUGCCAUACAUAAUAUAAUUAAAGAAAUAUUACAAUCUGAUGAAUUUGUAGAUUUGUUGUGGAAAAAAUUAACAACCAAUCAGCACCUUUCUUAA